GAGAGAGAGAGAGAGAGAGAGAGAGAGAGAGACUCAUACCUCAAAUUCUGGAACUUUAACUCUGGAAAGCGUCUCUCUCUGAAAACAGCUGCGUGCGCGGAUUCCCGAUGCUCUCUCAGGCCCCCCAACUUUUCUUCUCUGGGGUGGGGGGUGUGCAAGGGUGGGCAGGACACUGAGAUUGUAUGGUUUGGGGGUGCUCCGGGGAUCCGCCGUUCAGUUUUGCGUUCUUCUGAACCCUGCCGGAGCCUGACAGCGGGAAAGUAUUCAGGGCUAGCGAACAGCCAGCGAGCCGAGGAGGAGGUGUGUGCCUGAGGUGGGCAGUCGCUGGGAGGCUCCAGCGGUGGGUACUUCUCCUUAGCAACAGUAGCAGCUAGCUUGGGCAAGCAGACCCCAGGACGAACUCCAGCGUCACCAUGCCUGCUAUGGGGUGGUGGUGAAUGCAUCCGGCUGCGCACGGCGAGAAUAGAACCUCGCGCGGGCACGGGACCCAGGGCGCACCAUGGCCGAGGCAGAUGAGGGCUUCGGCCUGGCCCACACGCCUCUCGAGCCGGAUUCCAAAGACAGGUCCUGCGAUUCAAAGGCCGAGAGUGCUCUGGGAGCGCCCAGCAAGUCGCCGGCCUCCCCGCAGGCCGCCUUCACCCAGCAGGGCAUGGAAGGAAUCAAGGUGUUUCUUCAUGAAAGAGAACUGUGGCUGAAGUUCCAUGAAGUGGGCACAGAGAUGAUCAUCACGAAGGCUGGGAGGCGGAUGUUUCCUAGUUACAAAGUGAAGGUGACUGGCCUUAAUCCUAAAACGAAGUAUAUUCUUCUCAUGGAUAUUGUUCCAGCAGACGACCACAGAUAUAAAUUUGCAGACAAUAAAUGGUCUGUAACUGGCAAAGCCGAGCCCGCCAUGCCGGGCCGCCUGUAUGUGCACCCAGACUCCCCAGCGACCGGAGCACACUGGAUGCGGCAACUUGUCUCCUUCCAGAAACUCAAGCUCACCAACAACCACCUGGACCCAUUUGGGCAUAUUAUCCUGAACUCCAUGCACAAAUACCAGCCCCGAUUACACAUCGUGAAAGCAGACGAAAAUAAUGGAUUCGGUUCAAAGAAUACUGCGUUCUGCACCCACGUCUUUCCGGAGACCGCGUUUAUCGCCGUGACUUCGUACCAGAACCACAAGAUCACGCAGCUGAAAAUUGAGAAUAACCCCUUCGCCAAAGGCUUCCGGGGCAGCGAUGACAUGGAACUGCACAGGAUGUCUCGGAUGCAAAGUAAAGAGUAUCCCGUGGUUCCCAGGAGUACAGUCAGGCACAAAGUGGCCUCCAACCACAGCCCCUUCAGCAGUGAAACCCGAGCCCUCUCCACCUCAUCCAAUUUAGGAUCCCAGUACCAGUGUGAGAACGGUGUCUCGGGCCCCUCCCAGGACCUUCUGCCCCCACCUAACCCAUACCCACUGGCCCAGGAGCACAGCCAGAUUUACCACUGCACCAAGAGGAAAGAUGAAGAAUGUUCCAGCACCGAGCACCCCUACAAGAAGCCGUACAUGGAGACCUCCCCCAGUGAGGAGGACGCCUUCUACCGCGCAGGCUACCCCCAGCAGCAAGGCCUGAGUACCUCGUACAGGACAGAGUCGGCCCAGCGGCAGGCCUGCAUGUACGCCAGCUCCGUGCCACCCAGCGAGCCUGUGCCCAGCCUGGAGGACAUCAGCUGUAACACGUGGGCCAGCAUGCCCUCCUACAGCAGCUGCACAGUCACCACCGUGCAGCCCAUGGACCGCCUACCCUACCAGCACUUCUCUGCUCACUUCACCUCGGGGCCCCUGGUCCCUCGGCUGGCUGGCAUGGCCAACCACAGCUCUCCUCAGCUUGGCGAAGGGAUGUUCCAGCACCAGACCUCAGUGGCCCAUCAGCCUGUGGUCAGGCAAUGUGGGCCUCAGACUGGCCUUCAGUCUCCAGGUGGUCUCCAGCCCCCAGAGUUCCUGUACUCUCACGGCGUGCCCAGGACCCUGUCCCCACACCAGUAUCACUCAGUACACGGGGUCAGCAUGGUGCCAGAGUGGAGCGAGAAUAGCUAAAGGCAAAAACCCUUGCCAGAGAAAGAGAGGUGGGAGAGAGAGGAGAGGAGAGAAAGAUGAGGGACAGUAGCAAUGAGAACUCCGUAGAUGAGACACUCAUAUCAUCUGUCCUCACCUCUACCCGGGGCUCCCAGGGCCACUGAUCAGAUCAGGGGCCUGAAGCCGCCAUUCCAAAGCCGUGACUCUCGUUUUGUCUCAAAACCUACAAAACAAACGGAAAAAAGGAGUCCCACCCUGCGUGAUCACUCCGCUGUCAUCAACCGGGCACGCUCACAGUGCCCCGGACAUGUUCCCCGAUUGUUUCUUUUGGGUUCUAGAACAUACUUCCUCCAUGAGUGUUUGGCCCUGGUGCACGGUGAGAGGCAUUCUGUGUCUCGGUGUGAAAGCUGACUUUGUUAUAUAAUAAAUAAUAAUAUAUUUUUUUUCCUUUGAAUUUUCUUACUGGGGACCCAGUCCCUUAAAUGGAGGGAGAGCAGAGACAAAUACGUCUCAAAACAUGUACUUCCGGGCCUUCCCUCCAAUAAAUGAGUUAAGAUGUACAUCUGCCACCCUCCUCUAACAAAAAUACCUACCUCCGUCAUGUGAGAUGUCUACGAAAGUCCCAGAGCACCUGCUAGUUUUCGGAUUGGGUUUUGCUUUUUUCCUUUUGCUUCGUUUUGCCUUCCUCAGCACCAUGGCAUUCAGAGUUGCCUUCUACUGAGCGGAUAGAGUUAGGAUGUCGGGCUCUGUGUGGCAUCCUCAGCACCAUUUCACCCCAGCUCCCGGUCUCUCCAGCCGUCUGUGGCCUGUUAACUCCUCAGCCAGAACUCUUGCCUCGACAAACUGAAAGAGCCCAGGGAGACACAGGGGAACAGAACUGUGAUGCGGAGGAGGGGCCCGAGCUCCCCGGCUUGCAAGUUGUAGGGGAGAAAAAGAAAGUGAAAAUAAAUAUACUUCACCUUAGAAAAGAACAAUGACGUCAGCGCCAGGCUGGCUCAGACCUCCUCUGUGAUCCCAAAUCGGGAUCCACAGCAAAACAGCUCCAGGUGCCUCAAGGAGAGGAAGCCACGUUACCAGAGCGUCCUCCUCCGCUGCGAAGAAAUCCCCCCAGCGCCGAUUACUUGGGACACAAAACCACACGCAUCGAAAGCAGAAAGACAGUGUUAAAAAAAAAAAAAUAGUGUGUAAGUACUACAUUGUUGUAGGGUUUCUCAGAUGUAAUAUUUUACUGGUACUAUUUAUUUAUAAAUAGGAAUUCUAAUUAAGUAGUAACAUGAAACCCAGCCUGGGAGCUGACCAAGACCUUUUAAUUUUAUUGGUACUCAAAACUGCGUUUGUGUCCUCGCUCUCUCUUGAAUGUGCUUACUUUUCUUGAUUUUUUUUUAAAGAGGUUUUUGUGUUUUUCUUUCUCCUUCCUUUCCUUCCUUCCUUCCUUUUUUUUUUUUUUUUUUUUUUUUUUAACUGACCCUAAUAAGCAGAACAGGGUAAUCUGUGUGGCUGAGAAUAUGGGAGCCUGUGAGCGAGUGAGUGUUUGCAUGCGAGUGUCCUAUGCGGUUUUGUCUUUUUAUGUCGCUAAAGGGGGGGUGGGUGAGAAUCAAGUACUCGUUUAUUACAUUUGUGUGCCCAUUAAUGCCUAAUAAAUACCAUGUGUUUAAAAGAGUACAUGAGA